GUCAGUAGCUCCUGCUGAACUCGCCUUUUCUCACCAACCUUUGUCUUAACCCUGCGAGCUAGGAAUGAUGAUCCACCAAUCGGGCCCAGAGGCAGCAACAAAGUUUCUUUCCUUCGUCAAUGCUUCACCGACACCGUUCCACGCUAUCCAUAAUGCGAGCGUGAGGCUCGAGAACGCUGGUUUCCGCAAGAUUAAGGAAAAGGAUGACUGGGAGAAAGACUUGACCGAAGGUGGAAAGUACUACUUCACGAGGUUAGUCUUCGUUGUCCACUCCUUUGCUUUCAACGAACGGCUGUGCAGGAACCAGAGUGCUUUGCUUGCAUUCACGCUCCCGAAGGAAUGGAAAGCCGGAGCUGGCCUAUCGAUUGUUGCCACGCAUGUCGAUAGCCCCAACCUUCGUGUCCGCCCCGUCUCCAAACGGACCAAGGCAGGCUACCUCCAGGUCGGCGUUGAGACUUAUGGAGGAGGCAUCUGGCAUUCCUGGCUCGACCGUGACCUGUCUCUAGCCGGUCGUGUCGUCGUGGCGAGCCCUAACGGCUUCACAUCUCGUUUGGUCAAGGUAGACAAGCCUCUCAUUCGCAUCCCAACGCUUGCCAUCCAUCUGGAUCGCAACGUGAACGAAUCUCUCAAGUUUAACCAGGAAACGGAGUUUGUUCCAAUCUUAGGAUUGGUGGAGUCACAAUUGAACGCGCAAAGAGAAGCACCUUCGUCAUCCGACAAGAAACCGGGCGCGUCUAGUGUGCAAGGGAAUCAUCACUCUCAACUGCUGGCCCUCCUUGCGGAAGAGUUGUCAAUCAAAGCAGAGGAGAUUCACGACUUUGAACUUCAUCUGUAUGAUACACAACCGUCCGUGCUCGGAGGUAUUAACAACGAAUUCAUUUUCUCGCCACGCAUGGACAAUCAAUUCUCCUCAUUUGCGGCGGUGGAAGCUCUUGCUCAGUGGGCUUCCUCCACUUCAGCGGGUCCGCUCGAAGGCAACGUGAACUGCAUCGCACUGUUCAAUCACGAGGAGGUUGGCAGCGUCUCCACCUCCGGUGCGGAUUCCUCCCUCAUCCCGUCGCUCUUUGAGCGUCUGUCACCAACACCUGCGGCUUUCGCUCAAUCGAUCGCGAAGUCGCUGCUCGUUUCCGCUGAUAUGGGACAUGCGCUGCACCCCAACUAUUUGAGUAAGCAUGAGGACAACCACCAGCCGAGGAUGAACGGCGGGAUUGUUAUCAAGACCAAUGCCAAACAGCGUUACGCUAGCGACGCUAUCGGCACCUUCCUCGUAAAGAAAUUGGUCGAAAGGAAGGGUGGCCAGGUGCAGGAGUACGAAGUUCGAAAUGACAUGGCAUGUGGAUCGACUGUUGGACCAAUGUUAUCCAAGAUUGGCGUUCGCACUGUGGACGUUGGCUGCGCACAGUUGUCGAUGCACUCAAUUCGAGAAACUGCUGGAUCGCAUGAUGUACAGAACGCGAUUGAUCUCUUCACUUCGCUCUUUGAAGGCUUCUCAGAGCUGGACAAGCAGCUCAGCAUUGACUAAUAAACUACCCGCGGCUGUUCAACCUCAGUGUGUAUAUAAUAUAUAGUAUUUUUUGGGACAGGUCGAGGAUUUGUCACGUGCAUUUCAUAGCAUCAUUGAUUUUUUGUGCACCUGUAAGUCUACCUGCCUCUGUAUCUC